GUCAUGAUAUUACCAGUUCUCUGGAGCCAGCCAACAUCGACACCAGUAUCCUGGAAGAGUACAUCAGCAAGGAGGACGAUAGCGCUGACAUCUGUUUCUCAGAGGUUCACAGCACACCAGGACCAAACUACUCAUCUCCCCAGGCAGGAGUGUCCUCCUCUGGUGGACUGGCUUGUGGUGUGAGCCCUCCUAUUCUACUACGCCAAGGAGCCCCUCCACCUGGGCCCUCGAGCUGCCAGAACGCCUACCCCCAAGGUCCAUCUGUGGGCCUUCGACACGGUUACCCCUGCCUGGGACAGCA